UUGUAAAUGUCACUUAACAUUACAUUUAAAUUUUAUUUUGGCGAGUUCUAACCAGAGGUCAUGCUGUCCAGCUCAUCUAUUUGGAUAGAGGCUUGAAAUGCCCUGCUGUGAUUGGUCAGGAUGGAGCUCAUUGUUAUGCUGUCAAUCCAAAUCACAUGGCAAUCCACUAUUAACAGCUGAGGUUGGCGGAUAAGUUUUCAGAGUUCACUCAAGACCCGUGUGAGGUGGAGCAAGCAAGUGAACAGAAAGAGAGGCGAGAACAAGCGGACGGUGGCAAGUGCCAAAGCUUUGGCAUAAACUGCAACUUUGAACAUUUUAGUUUCGAUUGUUUACGAACACUACCUCUCCCUUUGAUUUUUAUUUUGAUCCUGUCUUUUUUCGUGGUAAAACUGAGCACUCUAAAGGCAGUUGAAUGUAUAGCAUGAUGGAAACCGAGAUAAAAAGCCCGCUUCCGCAGUCUAAUACGGGCUCGGGCGGCAACAAUGGUAAGAACAGCAGUGCCAACGACCAGGACCGCGUGAAGCGGCCCAUGAACGCCUUCAUGGUAUGGUCCCGGGGCCAGCGAAGGAAGAUGGCUCAGGAAAAUCCUAAAAUGCACAACUCGGAGAUCAGCAAGCGUCUUGGGGCAGAUUGGAAACUGUUGACCGACGCAGAGAAGCGACCCUUCAUUGACGAAGCAAAGCGCCUGCGAGCCAUGCACAUGAAGGAGCAUCCGGAUUAUAAAUACCGACCCCGCAGGAAGACCAAGACCUUACUCAAGAAGGACAAGUACUCCUUGCCUGGGGGACUACUGGCGCCUGGAACGAACGCUGUCAACAAUACCGUCUCCGUCGGACAGAGGAUGGACAGCUACGCACACAUGAACGGAUGGACCAACAGCGCCUAUUCCCUCAUGCAGGAUCAGUUGGGAUACCCUCAGCAUCCCAGCAUGAACAGCCCACAAAUUCAGCAAAUGCACCGGUAUGAGAUGGCCGGGCUCCAGUACCCCAUGAUGUCAACCGCCCAGACCUACAUGAAUGCGGCAUCCACUUACAGCAUGUCUCCGGCGUACACACAGCAGACCACCAGCGCGAUGGGCUUAGGUUCUAUGGCAUCCGUGUGCAAGACCGAAACAAGUUCGCCUCCUCCGGCCAUCACUUCGCACUCCCAAAGAGCGUGUUUGGGGGACCUGAGGGAUAUGAUAAGCAUGUACCUUCCUCCCGGGGGAGACGGAGCGGAUCACUCCACUCUGCAGACCAGUAGGUUACACAGUGUUCAUCAGCACUAUCAAAGCGCCGGGACUGGAGUGAACGGAACGCUACCCCUCACCCACAUUUGAAAAGACUUGAGUGUUAAGUACUUCGGAUACUUGAACAUUGAUCUCUGAAAUUUUAACAUUAUUCGGAGGUUUUACGCAUUGCUUUUUAAGAAAUGCAUUUUUUUUCAUCUCAUACUGAGUUGUCCAUUUUAAAAAGUUUUUAAAAUGACAUAUCUUGGACUAGGACUCGUUUGCAUUUGAAGAGCCUUUUAUCACGAGCGUUUAUAAGACAUCUACUUAUGUAGAAGAAUUGGGACUAUUCAUUUUAAUUCCUCACUCGAAAGUGUUGCUCCAGAAAGACUUGUCAGCGGAGAGGGAAACUAAACUAUCACAAGUCAAUGUUUACACUUAAAUUGUAGUGUCAAGAUUUGUGCUGGCUAUGUCCAAUUUGUGUACAGUUGUUUUUUUUUUUUUCAUGAACUAAAUAGGUUGUAAUGAGACUGUGCGGGUCGCAAGCGCAAGUUUAUUUAUAGUUGUAUUUUACUUUUCUUUAUGAAGCUUGUGAACCUCUGUACGUUUUGACAUGUUCUUUCUUGGUUUGUGAGUUUUUCUGUAAUAUGUUUUGGCAGUAUCAGGUUAACGAAUAUCACUGGCGCAGAGAACUAUUUAAACUGUUUCUACAGAUUAAGGUCAUUCUCUAUUCCAAAAGAACGAAUAAAUUUGUACAAAACGCAA